AUGGCUGAGGGGUGGCCGAUCUGCCAGCGGGCAGGAAAGUACAAAAGGCAGGUGGGUGGCAUGGAGGACUCAGAUGAACUGGAUGACAGCCUAACCAGCCUCAUGUGGCUGCAGGACUUCUCAAUAAAGAACACCAGCAUGGGGAAGUCCUCCUGCUGCCCCAGUGGCCCAGGUCCCCUCGAUGGUCACGGCAUCCACAGCUUUGCCGCCCCAUGUUCACCCCUGGCUGCUGACCCGGCAUGUAUGGGCAUGCCCUACACUCCCUGCAAGCCCAUCUCCUCCUCCACCCCAAGGGCAGCACAACACGCCAUGGCCACUCAUCCCCAGCUCACAGAUGACGUGGACUACAAGACCAACCCACACAUCAAACCCCCCUACUCCUAUGCCACCCUCAUCUGCAUGGCGAUGGAAGCCAGCGACAAGCCCCACAUCACACUCUCUGCCAUCUACAAGUGGAUUACUGACAACUUCUGCUAUUUCCGACACGCCGAUCCCACCUGGCAGAAUUCCAUCCGGCACAACCUGUCCUUAAACAAGUGCUUCAUCAAGGUACCUCGGGAGAAGGGCGAGCCAGGGAAAGGUGGCUUUUGGAAGCUGGACCCCCAAUACGCUGACCGGCUCAAGAAUGGUGCCUCCAAAAAGCGGCGAAUGACCCCCGUGCAGCUCAAUCCGGCCUUUGCCGAAAGAGCCCAGCCAGAAGAUCAGUGCGUCGCCAGCCCAGCUGCUUUGGCUCCCACCUCCAAGAACAUCCUCAACAUCAACAUGGAUUCGCAGCAGCUGCUGAAAGAGUUAGAAGGAGUCAGCAUCGUACUGAACUCCAAUCCAGCAGGGCACAAGCGCAAGCAGCCCUCGCUCCAGCAAGUGGCUAAGGUGCCUCGGCUUUCCAACUCUGCCUUGCUGAGCCAGGAUGAGCAGCCUGAGCUGGGAUCACUGAAAGGGAACUUUGACUGGGAAGCCAUCUUUGACACCAACCUGAAUGGUGAAUUCUCCCUUUUUGAGGAUAUGGAGCUCACACCUCCAGACAACCCCACAACAGUCAACCUGGACUUGACAGCAGACGGGCAGCACGGGGAUUGUGCCCAGGACCAGGAGCAGGUUCUCACUGAACCCAACCAGAACAAUCUGGACUUUGGUGAAGCUUUUAUGGCCACUUCCCUCUUACAGCAUCCCUGGUCUGAAGAGACAGAAGAUGACCUCUCCAACUCUGUCAACAUUGAGCAGUUGUUUGACCUCAGUGAUGCCUCUUUGCCAGCAGAUGGGAGUGACUGGAGCAGUCUGGCAUCUCUCAUCUAAGAGGCCAGACACCCUUCAGAGCCCCCCCAGACUGCAGGAGGAUGCUCCCCCCAUGCUCCUGGCACUCCCAAGGGACAAAACGUUCCAGAGACAGAGACAUCUACAGUGCCUUUGACCAGCUUCCUCCUCAGAUGACUGACCAGGGGGGAAACACCGGGUGGAGAAAAAAAUACCACACAA